AUGGUGGAGAGCACGGAAGAGGAAUUGGAUCUUAAGGAAGGAUCGGUGAUCGAAUCCUCACGCGCCAAGUAUGUCAUUGAUGAGCUGCUGGGUGAGGGUGGAUUCGGCGCUGUCUACAAAGUCCAUGAUGCCAACAAUGCGGAGCUAAAUUAUGCGCUGAAAGUGGAGCGGAAACUGGAGACACUCUAUUCACCCGGGCCAGCUAACUCGAUCCUAACUCAAUCUGACCGAUUCAUUCAAUCCAUUCUCAACUUGCCGCAUUCAUUCAUGUCAACAGGACUUGAUCAAUUCGCUUAUUCCAUUCAAUUCUAUUAUCUCACUCAUUCGCUUAAACUUAUCUAUGCAACUGUGCCUGAAAAAAAGCAACCACUUCAACUGCCUACGAAGAAAUACCAUGCACUCAGCGUAACGAUGGCUGGUAUUAGCAGCUGA